AUCACACUCACACACGAUACACCGCGACCAUGCUGCUCGCCCUCGUUGCUGCGCUCGCAGCACUCGCUGUGCCCGGCCUCGCGGGCUCGCCCGUCCCGGAGCAGUUCACGCCGGUCGAUAUGCUCACUGCCCCGCGGCCACACGCGGCGCUGGCUGCGCCCGGCGGCAAGUACGCGCUCAACGUCGUCGACCAGUGGGAUGAGGAGACGGAUGUCACAACCCGUACCCUCUACCUCCUGCACCCGCACGACCGCAAAGCGCACCCCGAGCCCCUCUUCUCCGGCCGCACAUCCGAGGCCGCCGAGGUCCUGUGGCUGUCAAACCAGACGGUCGCGUACCUGAACGGCUCGUCGCUGUACCACUUCAGCGUCGCGCCCGAGUCGUCCAAGCGCGUGAUCCACCUGCUCGACUUCCCCGAGUCGAUCGAGCCCAGCGCGAUCCAGUACGACGCCGAGAGCCGCACGCUCGCCUUCUCGGCCGCCGUGUGGACCGAGAACGGCGACUUUGGCCUCACUGCUGCCGGCGACCAGGCGUACGCCGACCGCGGCGACACGGGCCAGGUGUACGACGACCUGUUUGUGCGCCACUGGGACACUUGGCGCAUCCCGGGCCGCGUGUACACCAUUGGCACGACGGUCCUCCGCCAGCGCGCCGACGGGCUGUUCGACUCGGCGCACGUCUUCACCAACAUUCUCGAGGGCACUGGUCUUUACUCGCAGGCCGAUGCUAUCGGCGCCGACCAGUUCUCCGUCUCUCCCACGCACAUUGCUUUCGCCCUCAAGCCGCCCCACCUCCAGGUCGCGACCCACACUCGCCUCGAGGUGUACCUCCAGCCGCUUGACCAGCCUGGCUCGCGCCCCAUCCAGCUGACGCCCGGUUCGCAGGGUGCUAUCAGCGGCGUCCAGUUCUCGCCUGAUGGCAAGAAGAUUGCCUGGCUCGAGAUGGCGCAGGACGGGUACGAGAGCGACCGCCGCGUCGUCGUCGUGCACACCCUCAGCGGCGGCAAGCUUGGCCAGUCGGUCCGCUGGACGCAGGACUGGGACCGCUCCCCCAGCGACAUCACUUGGUCGCUCAACUCCGAGUCGCUGUACGUCCUGGCCGAGUACAACGGCCGUGUGCGCCCGUACCACCUGAGCACGCCCGGCCGCCUGCCCACGCCGAUUGCCUUCCGCGGCUCGACACUCGCCAUCGCGCCCAUCGACGACCAGGACUCGCUCUUCCUUCUGUCUAUCUCGUCGCUCACGUCCCCCAUCGAGGUGUACCUCCUCGACCUGGACGAGGGUGACGUCCGUGGCGACCCCGACAAGUUCCCUCCUGAGGCCGUCCACCGCCUCACCGACUACUCGGGCCCCCACAUCAACGGCCGCCUCGACCCCUUCCACGGCGAGGAGCUUUGGUUCACUGGCGUCGACGACCGCAAGGUCAUGGCCUGGGUCAUCAAGCCCCGCGGCUGGACCGAGGAGGACGCGGCCAAGUCGUACCCGCUCGCCUUCUUCAUCCACGGCGGUCCCCAGGGUGCAUGGGACGACCAGUGGUCUACCCGCUGGAACCUCGCGCUGUACGCCUCGGCCGGCUACUUUGUCGUGGCUGUCAACCCUACUGGCUCGACUGGCUACGGCCAGGAGUUUACCGACCGCAUCGCCGGCCACUGGGGCGACAGGCCGUACCAGGACCUCGUAGCCGGCUACUUUGCCGCGCUCGACAAGUACCCCGAGAUCGACCCCAACCGUACCACGGCUCUUGGCGCGUCGUACGGCGGCUACAUGAUCAACUGGAUCAACGGCCACAACGUGUUUGGCUUCAAGGCCCUCGUGUACCAUGACGGUAUUCUCUCCACCACGGACACCUACUACUCGACCGAGGAAGUGUGGUUCCCUAACCACGACUUCGAGGGCACGCUUAUUGAGAACCGCGCCAACUAUGAGAAGUGGAGCCCGCUCAACCACGUCGCCGAGUGGGCCACGCCCCAGCUGGUCAUCCAGGGCGGCCAGGACUUCCGUCUCGCCGAGUCGCAGGCGAUUGGCACCUUCACCGCGCUGCAACUGCAGGGUGUGCCCAGCCGCUUCCUCUACUUCCACGACGAGAACCACUGGGUGCUCAAGCCCAAGAACUCGCGCCGCUGGCACCACGAGGUGCUGCGUUGGCUUGACGAGUGGGUCGGCGCCGGCAAGCGCCACGGCAUUGAGGCGGAGGCUGAGGUCGAGGUCGAGGCCGAGGCCAUUGAUAUCGACUCGCUCAACCCCGGCCUGUUCUACGACGACUUCUCCGACCUCGUUGACGGCGUUGGUGCGUUUGUCGAGGACGUCACGGCGAACGUCAUCGAGGAGAUUGAGGAGAUGGUUUCCAUUGUGCUUUAGAGCCGUAGAUCCCCGAAGGAUGCAGAAUGCAAGAAUGAAUGCCGACGGACGGCGGCCAGAUGCGUGUGGCGGUGCACGCGUCGCGUCGUGUCGUCGUGUG